CGUGGGAUGACCCCAUUGUGCUCGGUAAACCCCAUUCGGAGGGCGUCGCUGUUGCAACGAAGGCCAGCGCAGUUGUGAUGCCGACAACCGAAUGCGCCUCGGUUGACUUCACGCCACGCGGGGAUACUUAAACAUGGCAGAGGCAGUGCCUUGGAAUUCAGUAAUCGAGCUAAUAUCUCCCAGCAAUGACCGAACAAAAAGUCCCGGAUCCAUCCAUCCUCCGUCCUCAACGCUCCCUCGCAGGUCGUGUCGCCAUCGUCACCGGCGCCGGCGCUGCAGGGGAUGGCAUUGGCAACGGCCGAGCGGCGGCGAUUCUCCUGGCCGAGGACGAUUGCGCCGUCGUCUGCGUUGACAUUCAAUUGUCAUUGGCAGAGUAUACCGUCCAGAUGAUCACCGACGAGCGAAAUGGCACGGCGAUCGCAGUCCAAGCCGAUGUCACCGUUGCGGCCGACUGCCAGAGAGUCGUUCAAACCGCCAUUGACCACUUCGGCCGCGUAGAUAUCCUAUUCAACUGCGUCGGCGUCAGCGGGGCGUCCGGAACAGCCGAGUCCGUCGACAUGGAGGCGUGGACGCAAGGCCUGCAUCUGAACAUCUCCAGCAUGGUCAUGAUGGUCAAGUACGUGGUGCCCGAAAUGCGCCGGAACGAGGCGACGCCGGGAUAUCGAGGGAGCAUUGUGAACAUGGGCAGCGUGGCCGGCCUCAAGGGGGGCACGCCGCAUCUACUGUAUCCCACGAGCAAAGGAGCGAUUGUCAAUAUGACCCGAGCCAUGGCGGCGCAUCAUGCGAGGGACGGCAUUCGCGUGAACUGCGUGUGUCCCGGCAUGGUCUAUACGCCCAUGAUGUACGCCAAAGGCAUGAGCGACGAAGCCCGACAGGCGCGCAAAAAUCGCAGUCUACUUAAAACCGAAGGCAACGGGUGGGAUGUCGGUGCCGCUGUGCGCUUCUUAGCCAGUGACCAGGCCAGGUGGAUGACCGGGGUUAUCUUGCCUGUCGAUGGAGGAACUACGGCGGCCGUUGGGACGGAACUGCCGGCGUCAGCCAGCGUGAAUGGCUGAGGGAUUUAUAAUCUAUGGAAUCUCUUGUACCGUUUCAUUAAGGUUACAGUAGGGCGACAUUCCAGUCACGAUCGCCGGUAUUCGAAUCUUAGAUAUCAUGCAUAA